CUCACUGCCCCCCUCCCCCUCCUCGUGUGGUGUUUGGCCUCGGGAACGGCCCGUUGCUCGGCCGGGGGCGGACGCAUCACUCUGGCGGGCUCUUCCCAGCUCGGACCCCGGGGAACGAAGCCAAGUGGCGAGCUCGCGCGAGCUCCGGGGCCAGGAAACUACAGCUCCCAGCAGCUCCUGCUCUGGCUCCGGCUGGGGGCCGAGCCCGGCCGAGUUUGGGGAAAGCAUUCCUGGAAUUCGUUUCCUGUGGCCUCCUGCCCGAGGCCGAGCCGCGGGAUGGCGGGGCAGCAGCGGGCGGACGUCGGCGGGCGACCCCUGGGCAGCGGGGGCAGCCUGGCAGCGUGAGGAGCCCCCCCGUCCCGCCGGUCUUGUGCGCCAUGGCCGAGCUCCUGCUGCGGAGGACGUUCUCCAGGCUGCGGGGCAAAGAGAAGCUUCCCGGGAAGAAGUCGGAUGCGAAGGAGCGAGAGCGCCCCUCAAGGAUGCUGGACUCUCCCAUGGAGCUGGAGCCAGUCCUUGGGCCAGAGCCAGCAUCUCAUGACCACGAUGGGAGCUGUCGGAGAGGGGCAGCCAUUACCGUGUCCAGGAAGCAGAGCUGGGCCAGGUUCUCAUGUGGCAUCCGGGAUGUGCCAUGUAGCUCUUACAGCAGGAAGGUGCCUGCCAGCCCCACGGCCUCCGCAGAGCUGCAGGAUGAGGGUGAAGGCGUAGGGCCAGUUGCCUGUGGUCGAGAGACUGAUGAGGACCCCCAGUGCCCUCUGCGCCCCCAGGAGCUGUUCUCACCCACCCACACAGGGGGGCCAACCGUUGAGGAUGAGGCAUGGCUUGUGGAGAGCCCCCCAGCCCCAGUGCCCCCCACCCCUCUGCCCAGCCUGGCCCUGGCGACCCCAGCGCCUCAGCCCAGCCUGGCCCCUGGUGAUGAGGAGGCUGAGUCGAUGUGCAGUUAUGUGGAGCUCUGCGCCUCUGGCAGUGGUGUGAGGUGUGCCAGUCACGGCGCCUACUUGCAGAACCUGGAGAGGAGCAGCCGCCACUGGAUCCUCUCCUCUGGCAAGGCCCAGGGCCCGGAGGAGUUGGCCCCCAGCACCAGCACAGAGUUGAAGGAGGUGGGCGCCGUGGGCAGCGAAGGGGAGAUCUGGUACAACCCCAUCCCUGAAGAUGAGGACGUUGUAGGUGUCAGGCAAGGCACCGAGCCUGGCAGCUCCUGGAGGAAGUGGGGCAGUGGCACAGGGAGCCGGGAAUCUGACAGGGACAAGGGCAGGCCCAGCAGGGCAGAGCCAGGUGAUGAAGGGCCCCCCAGGAGCAUCGCCAGGCAAGUGGAGAGCCCCAGCUCACAGAAUGCACCUACCCCAGCUGGGCCAGUGGGCCGAGGCGAGGAGAUGGGUGCCGGCAGGACACUGGCCUAUGGGAAGUUGCCGAUUUCAUGUUUGAGCGCGGCUGUGGGGUUGGCUGGCCCAUCCCCCCCGCUGAGCCCCAGCGUCUCCAAGAAGGGGCGCUCCCUGGGCAGGGUGAAGUCCCCGGGCACCGUGCGCCGCCUGUCCCUGAAGAUGAAGAAGCUGCCGGAGCUGAGGAGGAAGCUGAGCCUGCGUAGUGCCCAGCCCCGGGGGCAGGAGCCUGAGGGCAGUGGCAGCACCUCACCCAGGGAUGCCCGCAAGGAGCCGGGGAAUGUAAUCAGCCGCUACCACCUGGACAGCAGUGUGGCAUCCCAACAGGGCCCGCACCGUGCCAAGGCAGCCAGCAAGGGCGGCUACCUGAGUGAUGGUGACUCCCCUGAGCUGCUGGCCAAGGCGGACAAGCGUGCCUGUCCCGGGCCAGAGGGGCAUGAGCCUGGGGCCAGGCUGGACGUGGAUGCCUUCCAGCCCUACAGCCCCUUGGAACAGCCGCGCUGUGUGCAGCCUAUCUCGGGCCUAGUCAGUGUCCAUCUGUAUGGUGUGGGGGACCUUAAGCCCCCAAAGGCUGAGUCCAGGGAGGUGUUCUGCGUCCUGCAGGUGGAUGCAGCCCCCAAGGCGCGCACGGCCCUGCUGCCCUGGACAGCCACCUUCCUCAGCCUCAACCACACCUUCAACUUGGAAUUGGAGGGCACCCGACACCUCAAGGUCAUUGUCUUCUCCUGGGACCUGGCUACCUGCCGGAACCGUGUGUGCUGCCAUGGCACCAUUGUCUUGCCCCACGUCUUCAGAGGGUGCAGGGCCCAGCAGCUGGCAGUGCGGCUGGAGCCACGUGGGCUGCUCUACUGCAAGCUGACAUUGGUGGAGCAGUGGGACAUGCCCAGCAGCCCCAGUGACCGGGAGCCACGGGUCUUUGGCGUGGAGCUGCGUCACUUGGUGGAAAGGGAGAACACUGCCACCAAGGUGCCGCUGCUGAUCCAGAAAUGCGUCUCCCAGAUCGAGAAGCGGGGACUGAAGAUUGUAGGGCUUUACCGGCUGUGUGGCUCGGCGGCCGUGAAGAAGGAGCUGCGUGAUGCCUUCGAGAGGGACAGUGCAGCCGUGACGCUCUCUGAACAGCUGUACCCAGACAUCAACGUCAUCACAGGGAUCCUGAAGGACUAUCUGCGGGAGCUGCCCACGCCCCUCAUCACCAAGACCCUUUAUGAGGUGGUGUUGGAGGCCAUGGCCCAGCGCCCGCCCCAGGACAUGCUCAGCAGGCAGAAUGCGGAGGAGACGGUCGCUCUGCUGGACUGCCUGCCAGAGAUUGAGAAGGCUACGCUGACCGUGCUGCUGGACCAUCUCAGCUUGGUGGCCUCCUUCCACGACUUUAACCGCAUGAACUCCCAGAACAUUGCCGUGUGCUUCGGGCCAGUGCUGCUCAACCAGAAUCAGGAGCCCUGGCGCCAGAGGGCCCGCAGCUACGCCCACUGCGAGGAGAUCGCCAGUGCCGUCGACUUCAAGAGGCACAUUGAGGUGCUGCACUACCUGCUGCAGGCCUGGCCUGCCCCCGACAGGACAGGGCCCGGCGUGGGGGGCCGGGAAAGGGCCCAGCCCAGCUGCCUGCGGCAGAGGCGUCACCCUGCACUGCGGCUGGAUCUGAUGGAGAGCGAGGUGGUGGCUCGUCACCGGCCCCGGGGCCUGGAGAGCCCCCCCACCAACCGCUACGCUGGGGAGUGGAGCGUGUGCAGCCAGGAGUACGGGCUGGUGGCUGGGCUGGGGCACGAGGUCAACGAUGCUGAGGUGGCUGGCAGCGACAGCGAGAAUGAGGUGCUGGACCUGCGGGAGGGGCUGGGUGGCCCCAGCCAGACAGUCUUCGUGGGGGACUUUGCCCUGGUCGACGACCCCGAGGCGCCCUUCAGCCCCCGCCUGAACCUAAAGGACUUUGAUGCCCUCAUCCUGGACCUAGAGCGAGAGCUCUCCAAGCAGAUCAACGUGUGCCUGUGAGUGGCCUGGCUGCUCCACCACCGCGCCUGGCUCCCCCUGCCCCUAUGCUCCCUGGGACCGUCCACAUCCCCUGCCGGGCUCCAGUGUCACCAAAACAUGAGUUAGAUGGUGGGAGCUGGGCACAGCCUGGGGCCUUGACACCAGCAGGGGAGGUGCCAGGCACCAGAUGGUGGGGCUUCAGCUAAAGAAAUUUGGGCUCCACACUCAGGAGCCUGGCCCAGCCCUGUAGCAGGCGAUGACUCAUGCCGUCAGCCUUAAUCCAGCAACCUGCCCAGGAGCAGGGGCCCUGAGCAGCAGGUACAGCGUACAGGAGGUGUUCUCGUGCUCACUCGUGGGCUCCAGCACACUCUGCCCUCUGGACUUGGAGCUCUGGAGAGACCAACACAGUGCACGCCUGGGUGUGGCCGCCGAGCUCCCAGGAGCAUGCGCCCAGGCUCCCAGUAUUAAUAGGAACCCAGAGAUUAAGCCAAAGCCAUUUGGAGCGUGACCAAAUUUGCGUAGCACUUGGCUCUUGCAGCCUUUUGAUUUGCACAGCAUGGAUGGAGGCUUGGAGACACCAGGGCAGUGUGUGACAGCCCACUGAGGUUGGGGUUCUGGGGCUGCAGUAUGGAUGAGGGGCUGAGCCAGCCGGGGGGCUGCACUCAGGGUCACUCACUGCUGCAGUGUUUGUCACUCUCAGCCCUCUGUGGAUGACAUAGUAGCUCUGUCUGGCUACAGAGCAGGGCUGGGAGGAGCCUGGAUCCUGGGAUUCCCUUGGCCUGGCUCUCAGCCCUGGGGCAAUACCAUGUGCAGGGAGCGCACAGGGCAGGGGGAGCAGCGCCAUCCUUUCCUCUGCAUUUCAGAAGCCAAAGAAUCAGCCUCUGAGCCUGAACCUGUCCCCUGGCUGGGCUGGAGCUGAAGUUUGCAGGCACUGCUUGUGUGACCCUGGCAGCGGGCUUCCCAGGCCACAGCAGCUGUGCCAAUAGCAGCUUCUUGCAGGCUAGUCAGGAAGGCAGCUCCAGGCCCUGGGCGGGGCACAGGGGGCGGGUCAGGAGCACCAUGUACCUAUCCCUCCUGUGGCAUGUAUUUCUGGUCAGCAGGGAGCCUCCCAGCCCCCAAGGGUGGUGAGUUUUGAUGCCCCUUCUAGCAUCCCAGGUGGAGCCUUCCUUGCAGGUGGGAGUUUGACUUGGUUCUCAGGAAGAUGAGUGUCAGAGCUGCCCCAGGGCUCUGGCUGCAGUGGGCUCAGUCUGGUCUGCUGUGGGACUGGCCUCGCUGUCUGUGUUUUGUUACUAAGUGCCACCCUGCGUGCCACUUGGGUGGGGGCAGCCUUGGGCCAGGAGAGAGCUAGGGCUAAGGCCUGUUCCUGGCCUCCCACCACCCCAGGCGAGGCGUCCCCCCUGCAUAGGGUUAGAGUAUUGACAAGGGUCCCUGACCUCCAUCAUGUGUGCUCUGCUCGGGGGCUGCUUCACACAGAAGCCACGAUCCACUGCACCCUGCCAGGGAGUAGGAGGGGCUGUGCCAGUCAUGGCAUCUCACGCUCAGCUUGCCAUGGCAUUAGUUAGUAUCUUGGUGCCACAUUUACAUCCUCCCCCAACCUGACAAUACUCCAGGCUCUUUACUCCAGGCUCCCCCAGCCUGGAUGCUGCCUCCAAUCCUGCUCGGCUGCAGCUCUCGAUGGAACAGUGAGGGGAGAAUGGGCUGCAGCCCUGGGAUCCCAUGGCACGUGGACAGACCAGCAUGAGGCAAGAGACUGGGGCCUGGAGUUCUUUGUGGCUGCUUCUCAUGGGCAUCUUUAGUCUCCUCCCAGUCUCUGCCCCACCCUGGAGCUGGCUGGCACUGAACCCAGGGCCUGGGGUUGGCAGCCAAGCCCCCAGCUCUUUCCAGCCUGAGCUUUCCCUGCGGCUGCUGUGCAGGCCAGGCCUGGUAGGGAGGCCUCCCAUGUGAGCAGCAGCAGCAGGCACAACCAUGGAUGUGAUCUGGAGGCCCCAGCUCACUGGCUGUCACCUUCACCCUCUGCAUUACGGAGUAGGGGAGGCUAGUGCAGAGGCUGCACCAAAGACACUGGCUUCCAUGCAGUGCAGCCUCCUUGGACACUAGCAGACAGAGCUCCAAGCUGGGGCCCUGCUGGGUGGGUGCUCAGGGCUGGUGGGGAGUGGGAGGUGAUUCCCUGGAUGUGCCUUUCCCCAUAUGGAUCCCAUGAAAGUGCAACACAUGGGCAGACUGGCCCCAAGCUAAGCUCAAGACAUCAAUUGCCCUCUCGCACCCAAGCCAGCUCUGGCAUUUCCCUGGGUAUUGCUGGGAUACCUGAUGCUGCUGUGCCUUGCAGAGCCUGCACCUGCAGCACUGAUUUCAGUGUGCCAGGUGCCCAGGCACAGCUGCCUGAGGGUGCUCACUGCAGGGCGUCAUGGAAAUGCACCCAAUCCCCCCGCACAACUUCCCUCCAGGGAGCCCGGUACUGGAGAGGCCAGCUUUAUUUAUAUUUCUUGCUUCUGUAUGUUUGGUGUAGGGGGUGUGUAUACAUGUUUGGGUGUGUGCAGUGUAGGAUGUGUGUGUGCGUUUGGAUGUGUGUGCGUGUGGGGUGUACGAUGUGUGUAGCUCGUGUGUGUAUGUUUGGAUGUGUGUGUACAUUUGUGUGUGGGAGGGUGUAGGCGUGUGGUUUGUGUCUCUAUUUGAGGAGGUGGGGUGGACGUUUGUGUGUGGUGCGUGUGAAUGUUUGGGAAUGGUGGUUUGUGUGUACGUUUGUGCAUGGGGGGGUGUAUGUUUAUCUGUAGUGUGGUGUUUGUGUGAAUAUCUUUGGGGGUGGGAUGUGUGUGUGGUGUAGGGAUGUGGUUUGUGCGUGUGUAUGCAUGUUCAUGAAGACUGGCUGCUCCAUGUGGGUAUUUAACGUAUGUGAUGUUGUCCUCCAUUGCUGGAUUUUCCAGUGUUUAUAAAAUAUUCAGUUAUAGGGAAAAAAAGCCAAUUUUUUUUUGGGGGGGGGGGGUAAAACCAUGACACUCUCCCCGACUCCAGGCUCCAAUGGAAAUUCACCCCAUCCCCUCUCAAAGCACAAGGCCCAGCAGCUCCCUUCUGAGCUGCUCUGGCAGGGAGGAAAAGUGCCCAGAGUUUGGGGGUGGGGGCCCUUCACCUGGUAUUAGCUUAAGGGAACCCCUGUGAAUGUGAAGGGAGGGUUGCAGUGACUCCUGCCAUGGAUGGGUCUGGGGCUGAAGAAGAGGGUCAUAGCAGAGUGCCACCGUAUUAUAGAAGCAGCUAUGCUUGGGGUGCCCUGUCUAUGGAGGGGGCAGGGCCUGCAUGGUCCAGCCAUUGCCCCUGUUGCCUGGCACCCCCAGCCAUGGGGAGUUGGGGAUGGCUGCUUAUCAUGUGUGUUAAGGAAAUGCCCAUGCCAGGCUGGGAGUCAGCAUGGUGCCCAUGUAUGCAUGCCAGGGCAUCCUGCCCACUGCCUACACCAGCAAUAAAGGACACCGCCUACA